GAUGUGUCGGAGUACAUUUUCUUCUCCCUAUAUGUUGCAGAUGUUGCAUUCCGCAUUGCGGUGCUCCGCCACGAAUGGUAUUUCGACCUUCAGGAGGGCUACAUGUACCUGAAUAUGUUUGAUGCUUGCCUUGUUUGCGUCAGUACCUUCGAGCUUAUUCUCCUUCCAGCGAUUUUCUCCGCUGGCGGAAAUCCAGAGUUUGAAACCAACACCAUCCGGGUCCUGAAGCUGAUACGAAUUGUUCGGACCUUGCGCAUCUUCAAGACAGUGUCCGUCUUCCGACAGUUGCGUCUCUUAGUCUCGACCUGUAUAGCAAGCAUUGGGGCACUCUUCUGGUCGAUGGUUUUACUGCUUCUUUUAAACAUCGCCUUCGCCCUGAUGAUGGCGCAAGCGUUGCAGACUUUCAUCUUGGACGAGCGAGCCGACCUGGACACGCGCAUGCUCAUGAACCAGUACUACGGGAGUUUCACUCAGGCCUUCUACACCGUUUUUGAAAUUACCCACAGUGGCUCUUGGCCAUCACGUGUGCGGCCCGUCCUCGACUUGGUGGACCCUUGGUACGCGGCUCUAUUCCUACCAUAUAUAGCAAUGGUGGUUUUCGCAGUGAUUCGGGUAGUCACGGCGCUGUUCAUCAAAGAAACAUUAGCUAGUGCGGCGAACGACGCAGAGCUAGUUAUCGAAGAAACACGCAGGAAUGCCUUGGAGUAUCAGGAGAAGCUAGAGGAACUUUUUCAGAUAGUUGAUGAUGAUGGUGACGGGCACCUGACGCCCAACGAGUUCGUGGAAGCCAUGAGCUUACCGAGUGUGCAGCAGUACAUGAGGUUCUUGGACGUCAGUGUGAGGGAUGUGCGCCCGCUCUUUGACAUUCUCUCGGAAGGUGAUGGGCUGAUUACCAUCGCCGAGUUUUGCAAGGGUCUCAUGCAGCUCAAAGGGCAAGCACGGGCCCUGGAUAUUGUCAUUCUACAACAUGAGAAUUCCAAGUUAAUGAGGCAAUGCCAUGAGAUUCAUCGCGCGAUUUGCGAUGCUAAGCAGAUGUGCUCCCCCAGGGGAAGCUCCUAG